UCCCCUCUUGCCCCGUCUACCCCUUCUUUUCUGUCUUUUUCUUUCCACUUCACUCACACCCGAGGCUCUCUCUCACACAUACUCGUCCGCCCGUGUUUCGCUUCAAUCACGCGUGCUUCAUUGAGCGCUGGAGGAAACAAUGGGAAUGCACGCGCUUUGUGUAGGACAGCGACUGACGCGCUUCUCUGUGUUUGUUUAAGACUUUCUGCUGAUCAGACUCAUUUUCGGGAUCACAUAAUUAAGCUUUAACACAAUGGGGUGUUGCAGCGGACGGUGCACCCUUAUAUUUCUGUGCACGUUUCAGCUGAUGGUGGCAUUAGAGAGGCAGGUGUUUGAUUUUUUGGGCUACCAGUGGGCUCCCAUCCUUGCCAACUUCUUCCACAUCCUGGUUGUCAUCCUGGGACUGUUUGGCACCAUUCAGUACAGACCUCGCUACAUUGUAGUGUACGUUGUAUGGACAGCCGUGUGGGUGGCCUGGAACGUCUUCGUCAUCUGUUUCUACCUAGAGGUUGGAGGUCUGUCAAAGGACAGCAACCUAUUGACCUUUAACAUCUCGACACACCACUCCUGGUGGAGCGAGCAUGGGCCGGGCUGUGUUCGACGAGAGAUCCCCACCAGCGCAGACCGCGGUGCGGACACCCAGUCCUACAUAUCUAUCAUGGGCUGCCUGCUGGAGUACCACUACAUCGAAGUCCUCCACAGUAGCUUCCAAAUCCUUAUCUCUCUACUGGGUUUCAUCUACGCCUGCUACGUCAUCAGCGUCAUCACGGAGGAGGAAGACAGCUUUGAUUUUAUUGGUGGAUUUGACCCAUUCCCACUCUACCAUGUCAAUGAGAAACCAUCCCAUCUACUAUUAAAGCCUGUGCAUCAGUCUUCGUAAAUGAAAGUGUGUUCGCAAAGAGGAGCAGCCUGGCACAUUCCACCUCUCCACCAGACUCCUCGUUCCCCGCCACCUGCAUGAUUCCUCAGUGUCUCUCCAUACCCAUUAAAACACUUCCUAAUCUUCUAGUCUGGAAGGAGGAUUGGAGAAUUGGCUCUCCUCUUCCCAUCUCUGGACAAAAUGCCGUCCUGCAGACGCACUAACUCCCGCAUUGUUCCAGCUGCCUCAUUUACAGCCAUAAAAAUAUCUUAACAAAAAUGUCCAUUAUUUUUAUCAGGCGGAUUUCCAUGUUAUGUGUGUGUGAUCCAAGUUCAUUAUGUAUUGUGACCUCAAAGGCCACAACCCAUGUGAGUUAUUCAAAGUGACUGUGAUGUUGGUAAGUGUCAGAUGUUGAGGUUAACUGAGUUACAGCUCUGUUUGUGUUUGAGAGAGGAGCCCCAUUGAAUGCUGUUUACUUUCACACAGGAUUUGCGCAUGUACACAGUAAAACAGUGGAAAGAGCCGAGAGGAGGAAGGGUGGGCUGGAAAGCGGGUUUGGCCCAAAAAUCAAAGACAAAGCAAGCAAACCUCUUGUAGCUGUAUUUAAAAAUAGAAGCAAAAUAAGAACACAUUGUGUUUGGCCAUUUAAAAUAUAAGAAAGAAUUAGAGCUGUUUGAGACUCAUUUCAUGGUAUGCUUUAAAGAUUUUGUCAUGGUCAGCUAGGACUUUUUCAAGUACAAAAGUGCUCUUUAAGAUACAACAGCCCAAAACUAUUUGGACACUUAAGCCUUACUUAAAAAUGUAUGAGUGACAUUGCACUAGAUAACAAAAUAUUAAAGCAAGUGCAACUUAUUUUAAAGGGGGCAGCACAAGCACACUUCUUAAGCUAAACAUUUCACAAAAAGAAGUUUGUUAAAUUAUAAAACAAUAGAUUUAAUGUUAGAGUUAAUGUGAUGAACUACACCUUUGGUUACUCUGCUAGGGCACCUGGGUGAACUUGAGGACAAGUCCUAAAUCCACUAAAAAUCACCUUGACAACAGUUGGUUACAAGUAAUUGCAAAAAGUCAAGUUAGUUCUGAGAAAAGUUCUAGAAUCAUUGGUUAACAAAUGUCACUUUGUUUCAUUUUGAUUUGAUAUAAUCCAAUGACAAUUUCUGUGGCUUUAGUGUUCAAAUACGUUUAAGGGCAACUGCACAUACCACAUCAGUAUUUUUAUUGUGUUAUCAGCAUUUAUUGUGAAAUGUGUUUGAAUUUAAUCAACAUUUAGAUUAAUAUUAAAUCAUCAGUGCUUCCUCUGGUAGUUGGUUCCAUAAUAAAAUUCUCAUACUGAACUGUUGGACUGGUAGAUAUAAUGAUGCUCCUUUCGUAGGGAUGGUGCUUGGAAUCAAAUAUCAUUUUGUAAAAAAGUAACUUGUAAAACAAACCAUCGGCAUGCCUUGUCCUUAUGAAUAUAAUAACAGUUGAGCAGCUGUCCAAGUCUUUCACUGUAGAUGCAAAGCUACUGUAUCUGUUUACUGGAAAAAUAAACCUCAAAGCACAAUUGCUUGAUUUGUUGACAUGCAGCAUUAGAUGUAUCUUAAUGUGUUUGGCAUGUUAUGAAGAGAUGGACUCUGUAUUGCCUUCCAAACUAAAAUGUGAAGGCCAAAGGUCAGUUUGAAUAAAUUCGUAUAAUCGCCAUUGUCAAAGCGGAGUUGUUUCGUUAUACCACAUAUUUCAUAUCAGAUACAUUGUAUUUACAUUUUUGGAUGCUAGUUCCCUGAUGGUUAAAGGAUACACACACAAAUGAAAAUUCUGUCAUCAUUUAGGCCACAAACACAUGAUUAGUUUUCAUUUGAAUAUGCAUUAAUUUCACAACGUUUACGUCUCUCCAUUCACACUAGAAAGAUUCUUUGACCGAAAAUACUCACCAUUACCGCAUACCUGGGAAACCAUGAGUUUUCAAAUGAAAAGGGAUAAAGGGGCGGUCACACUAGGCUUUGAGCACUAUCUUUUUUUUUUUUUUCGGAUAAUGAAACCGACCAGGAUAUGAUGUCACGCGGGAGGGCUUCUGGUGUAAAUGAAUAACACAUCACAAAUAACAAAUACAAUUAUAUUUAAAGGGGGCCCUGGUUAGCUCAGCGAGUAAAGAUGCUGAAAACCAGCCCCGGAGUCAUGAGUUCAUAUCCAGGGUGUGCUGACUGACUCCAGUCAGGACUCCUAAGCAACCAAAUUGGCCAGGUUGCUAGGGAGGGUAGAGUCACAUGGGGUAACAUCCUCAUGGUCACUAGAAUGUGGUUCGCUCUCGGUGGGGCACGUGGUGAGUUGUGCGUGGAUGCUGUGGAGAAUAGCGUGAAGCCUCCACAUGCACUAGGUCUCUACGAUAACACGCUCAACAAGCCACGUGAUAAGAUGCACGGAUUGACGGUCUCAGACGUGGAGGCAACUGAGAUUAGUCCUCCACCACAUUGAGUCACUACGCCACCACAAGGAAUUAGAGUGCAUUGGGAAUUGGCCAUUCCAAAUUGGGGAGAAAAUGGUGAGAAAAAAAUUAUAUUUAAAGUGUUAAGAUAUAUUGUCUACUCACAUUCCUGGAACAUUAAAACAUGUAUUCUUUGUACUGAGCCAAGAGGUCAGUGUGUGGCGCUUCCAUCUUCUAUUGGUCAGAAUCCUCUCAUCAUCCAGCGACCGAGUCCGCCAAACUUGCACUCUUGUACACAGCAGAGUAUGACAUUUCUUCGCAUGAGUUUGCAUUUCCGGUCUCCCGUGCUCUGCGUUUGAAUUGGAGUGAAUAAAGCACGAAGUGUGAGUGAACGCGACUCCCAUUCAAAUGCAUCCGAACGUGGGAAACCAGAGAAGCAAGUUCAUGCUAAGAAAUUUCGUACUAUGCUGCAUAUUGAAAGUUAAAAACCUGAGUCCAAAAUGAUGUACUGUCAGCGUGUGUACUGUAUUUGAUGAAAUCGCACUUCUUGGCCGGUUAAACAGUGUGUUAUUUAGGUAUGCAUGCGAGAAGUAGGAACAGAUUCUGGACAUACUUCAUCAGGGGAAGUGGGUAUUGAACCGUGACCCUAAUAGAUGACGUACUACAACUACAAUAAUAGUCUACUCUGGUUUUAUUAAACAAGCACCAUUUAAGCACAACAAACAACUUUCUUAGUAUAUAUAUAUCACUUGCAUUUGAAAAGAAUAUUAGACUUUUAAAUCCAGCGUUCUGAACAUGAUGCCUCUACAACUCCCGAAUGAUUAUGGGAUAAAGUGUCCAGUAAAUCCGCACUUCAGAAUCUCGCCGGAAAUUCUAGUCUAGUUCAUCCGUGUAUUUCAUGCUUGGUGUCUUAUGAAUACUGAGGAUUCGGACAUACUAACACUCCCCUGACAUCCUGUUUUUGGCAUACUAUAUAGUAGGGAAGUAUGCAUUUUAGGACGCAGCGCAGAGAGGACUCUUGCUGUUCUCUUGGCUCAAUAGGCUACAAAGUAUACAUAUUUCAAAGCUGCAUGUUUUAUUGUUGCAGGAAAGUGAGUAGACAAUAUAUUUGAACACUUAAAAUUUAGCAUUUUUUUGUUAUUUGUGAGGUAUUAUUUACUCUCUCCUGAAGUCCUCCCGCGUGACAUCAUAUCCUGGACUGUUGCGAAAAAGUUCGCGUGCUCAAGCCAAGUGUGACCGGCACUUUGUUGUGCAUCUUGACUGUCAAAAGGACAAAAAAGCCUUUUAUGUUUUCAAAAAUGGCAGGGUUUACAUUUUGGAUGACACAUCCAUUUAAAUUUCGCAACGGUGAAUGGGAACUGUUAUAGCUGUUAGUUUACCGAUUUGUGUACAGUAACUCGAAAUGGCAAAAACAUUUCCAGCUUCUGUGGAGUAAUCUUGAACAAAGUUCCAUGCUGUCUGCAUAGUGCUCAUGGAUCUACUCUGCCCCCUAGUGCCCAGUGGUCUUCUGUACAAGCAGUGGAUGAAAUGCAUUGUUGCCACUAACUGACGAUAUAUGUGUACAUUUGUCGUUCUAGAAUGUAGGUAAUGUAGCUAUUUGUUGCUGAAAGCUGUUAAAAUUGUUACAUCUUGUAUCUCUCAUUUUCUCCUUAUGUCACAUCUUUUCUCCUUUCUUUUUACAGGCAAAUCUUUUGUACACAACACUUUUUGUAUCCCUUCGUUUGGUCUCUUCUCAGUUCUUCAUUGACUGCCUGUCCGUCAACAUGUGUUUGCUGAGCAAGGUGUAAAUAGAUGUUUGUUAAUAAAAUAUUUGCUUUUCGU